UUACUGCACAGGAGGUUUUUAACGGAGCAAGGAUCUCAGUUUGUCACUUCGUGUGUCUUCAGCUUCGAGGACAGAGGAACAGAAUCUGAGGCUCAGUCUAGAUUUGAUGAAACGUGAGCCUGUUUUGUGCGGUUUCUCUCGGUAGUCGUGGUCAGAUGUGAAUACGAGGUCAGGAUGUGGCGUCUCUGUUUGCUGUCGUCUCUCCUGUCUCUGACCUCGGGCCGGCCGCGGUCUCCCGACGAACUGGUCGACUUCAUCAACGCGGCCGGGACCACGUGGACGGCCGGUGUGAACUUCCAGAAGGUGACGCGCGAGGACCUGAAGUCUCUCUGCGGGACGAUGCUGAAGGGCCCACGUCUGCCGGACACGGUGAAACACGGCACCGGCGCGAAGCUCCCGGACAGCUUCGACCCUCGGACGCAGUGGCCCUUCUGUAAGACCCUCGCUCAGAUCCGGGACCAGGGCUCCUGCGGCUCCUGCUGGGCGUUCGGCGCGGUCGAGGCCAUCUCCGAUCGCAUCUGCAUCCACAGCAAAGGGUCCGUGUCCGUGGAGAUCUCCGCCGAGGACCUGCUGUCCUGCUGCCAGACCUGCGGCUUCGGGUGUUCUGGAGGUUUUCCAGCAGAAGCCUGGGAUUACUGGACUAAAUCAGGUCUGGUGACUGGAGGACUUUAUGGCUCUGAUGUGGGCUGCAGGCCGUACAGCAUCUCUCCCUGCGAGCAUCACGUGAACGGGACGCGUCCGCCGUGCUCCGGAGAACAGGACACCCCCGAGUGCACCGCCGCCUGCGAUCCUCACUACAGCGUCCCGUACAAACAGGACAAACACUUCGGAUAUAAAGCGUAUAACGUCCCCUCGGACCAGCAGCAGAUCAUGAGCGAGCUGUACAGCAGCGGACCGCUGGAGGCCGCCUUCACCGUCUACGAGGACUUCCUGCUCUACAAGAGCGGUGUGUACCAGCACGUGAGCGGCUCUGAGCUCGGAGGACACGCUGUGAAGGUGCUGGGAUGGGGCGAGGAGAACGGGACGCCCUACUGGCUCGUGGCCAACUCCUGGAACUCAGACUGGGGCGAUAACGGUUAUUUUAAGAUCCUGAGAGGCCGGGAUGAAUGCGGGUUCGAGAGCGAGAUGGUGGCUGGUGUUCCUCAGCUCUGAUUCAACACCCGACCCUGCAUCCAACCACCAGCACCAAUAAAAACCACACAUACAUGUGUCUCCAUGCUCCAGCCCUCACGCUGGCUCUAAAGCCAUAUACAGCGAUCAUUAUCGAAAGCGAAACUGUCACAAAAUAAAGAGAUGUCAUUUGCACGUA